GAGGCGCUCCUCGCGACGGCCAUGCUUUCUGUGCGCUGUGAACCCCGGUUGAUGCGCUCCUCUAUUGAUUGCACGACGGUGUGCACGUCCUUCUGAUACAUUACGCGGCGUAGCGUUUCUUCCCGUCGCUCCGUCCGCCGCGUCGUUGGACGAGCAAGCAGCGACGACGACGAUCACCGGUGAACCGUGAGAGACGAGAAAGGCAGGCCCAGGACAGAGAGAGGGAGAGCGCGCGCGAGUGAGCGAGCGAGCGAGCUUCUGGACAAGCGGGGAAACAAGGGAGCAAGAUGACGCCAGAGGGGUACACACGCGUUUACGUGGGUGGGUUGAACGAGAGCAUCAAGAAGGAAGACCUGCAGAUGGAGUUUGAGAAGUACGGCAAGCUGAACAAGGUUUGGGUGGCCUUCAAUCCGCCAGGCUUCGCCUUCAUCGAGUUCUUCAACAUGAACGAGGCCGAAUUAGCGUGCUGCAAUAUGAACGGCAUGGAGAUAAUGGGUGCAAAAUUGAGAGUCGAGAUUUCACGGGGUAGAGGUCGCGGUGGCGGCAGCAGGGGCAGUACGGGUAGUUUCCGCGGUGGUCGCGGGGUCGGUGGUAGGGAUUUCGGCACUCGAGGCGGUACUAGCGCGGGUUACAGAGGAGGCAAUACGUACGGCGAUUACGGAGGCAGCUAUUAUGCAGGCAGGGGUGGCGCAAGUAGGGGCAGAGGUCGUUACGGAGAAGACUAUAUGUACAAUCGCAGCGGCGGGUAUGUUACACGAGACGGAUAUACUCAGGAUGUCUACGGUGCUAGUGGCGGAGACACCGGCGCCGAUUACUAUACCGGAAAGGACACGAGCACAGCGAGGUAUCGAAGCCGCUCACCGGCUGGCCGUGGCAGUCAUCGUCAUCUACGUGAAUGCACAUAAAAGAACUACGCUGCGUUGCCAAUCUGAACUGCGGGCCGAUCAGCCACCCGCCUCGACGACUUCAUUUCUGUCCAAUCUACACAGCGACCUGUAUAUAGACAAGAACUAUCAUUGCGGUUUAUGCUGUGCAUUAUUUUUCCUUGCAUUGUUGACCACUUUACACACAAGUUACACACACUGUGGUCGCAGCCAGAGGGACACUUUCUAUGAUUAACUCAGAAACUCACAGAAGAUGAUUCGAGAAAAUAAAAAAAAAGAAAAAGCGGAAAGUUCCCUCGAAAGAACGCUCUUCCGUUUGCAAAACGAGAGAGACACGCAGAAAUACAAAGAUAGAGAGAGAGAGAGAAUGAGAGAAAAAGAAUGAAAAAAACGAGGCGCAGUGAAAUAUCGAAUCGCGGACUCAACAAACUCAAUAUCCGACGAAGUAAUUAAAUAUAGGGCUGUAGUAUGUAGGGAUUGUACUUCUUGAUUUAUUAUUCUAUUUUUAGCUAAAAAAGCGCACUUUCUAUUUUAAAAUUUUUACCUCUGUUUUCCACACUUCUUUCUACGAUUUUAUACCAUGGCCGGAAUUUUCUUUUUUUGUGCUUUACGGUUAUAUGACGUUCGAGAUUAUUUUAAUAACGUAUACCAGAGGCGUCACGUCUGCCUUAAUGUCGCGGCGGAGAGUCACUCGUACGAUUCUCGAUCUUUCACAUUGCGUUCGCGUAUUCGCGUAAGAUCGAGGGUCGCGGAAAGACCCGGUGACUUUUUUUGAGGCGUAUAUGACGCACAUGGUACUGUAUGGCUGUCGUAUGGUACUAUACUCUACAAUUGUAUGUCUACUGAUACUCGUUAUUAACGCGAUGGACAGAAAGCGCAGCUCAGCUGUAAUUCACCUUGCAAAAGCUUCUACUUUUUUCUGCGAUAAAUUCCGAGACACCAGUUACAAACGUACGAAGGAGACCCGUGGUGUGAAUAAUCCUUCAUCGUAUAUGUAGGUAGAAAGAAAAACGUGUGUGCUCGCUUAUUAUUCUAUGAAUAGUAACGAUUUUAUAUGGAAUCUCAGUGAAGAGAUCAUAGGAGAUCGUGUGCGUGACUUUAGCCAAAUGCAAACUGCUGCCCGUAUAUGAGGAAUCGAUUUUUUGUCGAAUAUACAUGCGAACAAACGAACCGAACGAGAGAAUACAGGACAGUUUUGCUCCAGCGAAAUCUCAACGCACAAAACUCUGCGAGAGAUCAAAGUUUUCAGCCGAGCCGAAAAAAAAAAGACAAAAAACUGAAAAGCCCAUGGCCGUCGCAUUUGUGCGACAUAUUUUCCGUUAUUUUUUUUUUUUUUUUUUUUCGUCAUCUUUUUGUUCCCGACAAAUAUAUGUGCAGAAACAGUGCUGCAUUUGGACGAAAGAGAGGACACGUUUUUGGAGCGUCCGCGCUUUUGUGUCACACCGCGGACGUUCGUAAAUAAGAAAGUGAUCAAAUAAAAUGGUAAUGAUGUAUAUUACCUCUACUGUAAAAGAUAUGGAAUUGGAAAUUGAGAUAUUAAAUGAUUUGCGCUCA